AGCACAGCGGAGUGUUGUGAACCACCUCCUUCUAAAACUUCACUGGGGCGUCAUGUGGUUAAAGCACAGCAGAGUGUAGUAAACCACAGCGAAGAUAAUCAACCAGCCCCCUUCUCAAAGUCAGCUGCUUUGGUAUGCCCAUGAUAAACAGCAUUUGUAAUUUAUUGAGCAUAUUUUUACUUACAUCAUUUGGUGAAGUGAAAAAAACAAUUAAGACCAAGUACAGAUUGGUAUGAGUUGGAAAUAUCAGUCAGGCCUUAUUAUUGUUUAUAUUCUCAUUGUCUGUUUCAGUCAUCAGGACUCAUUACUAUGUCAUGAGAGAUCAUUAAAAUGAGGGUUUUUCUUGUGUGCGUGUGUGUGUGUCUGUCUCUGUGUUUGUGUGUCUGUCUGUCUAUGUUUGUGUGUGCAUGUGUGUCUGUCUGUCUGUCUGUCUGUCUGUGUGUGUGCGUGUCUGUGUGUCUGUGCCUCUGUGUGUGUGUGUGCCUGUGUGUCUGUCUCUAUGUUUGUGUGUGCGUGUGUGUCUGUCUGUCUCUAUGUGUGUGUGCGUGUGUGUCUGUCUGUCUGUCUGUGUGUGUGUGUGUCUGUCUCUAUGUUUGUGUGUGCGUGUCUGUGCGUCUGUGUCUCUGUGUGUGUGUGUGCGUGUGUGUCUGUCUGUCUGUCUGUGUGUGUGUGUGUCUGUCUCUAUGUUUGUGUGUGCGUGUCUGUGCGUCUGUGUCUCUGUGUGUGUGUGCGUGUGUGUCUGUCUGUCUGUCUGUGUGUGUGUGUGUCUGUCUCUAUGUUUGUGUGUGCGUGUCUGUGUGUCUGUGCCUCUGUGUGUGUGUGUGCGUGUGUGUCUGUCUCUGUGUGUGCGUGCAUGUCUUCCUUUCAGAUCCCUGCUGAAGAUUUGGACCAGCCUCUUCACAGCUCUCUUGACAAACCUGAAGUGAAGCGAUACCUUUUAUUCAACUCCACCCUUUUCCAUCUCUUCCUCGCUCCGCUGCUGUACCUGGUGACCUGGUGUGGGCUGUACUCGACCUUUCACCUUUUCCUGCAUGGCAGUCUGGGGAGCUUCUUCUGGCUGUUCUGCCUGUCUCUCAGCCUCCUCUCUGUGCUCCUGACUGCAGUGGUCCUGCUCCUUCUCAAUCGACACACCCAUCAGAUCAAUAUGAACACGGACGUGCGGCUGAUCCGUGCUAAUGAAGGGCUGUGUAAGCACAAGGUCCUGGCGGGGCUGUCUGACACAGUGAGCCAAUGCACCAGCCUGCACCAACUGUUCUUGGUUUAUUUCGACCUGUCGGACUGCCAGGUGAGACUGACUGAACUCCUGGAGGAGAUGAGUUUCACAAGCGGCAAGCUGCAGUCCAAGCUUCGUCAGAAACUAUCACACCUGCAUCUGGUCACGCAUGUCAAGGCGGACAACCCCAACGAGAGGUCAGAGGUCACAGACUCGGAGGAGACAUCCUUGUUGCUUGGUGACGAGGCUGAAACAGGACGCAGUGCCUCCAAGAGGCUGAAGGGGAAACCAGAGCUCACCGUCAUCAAAAGCCUGGUCCCCACAGGGUCAGCUCAGGAAAUGGCUUAUCAACUGCUACUCACCUACAGUGCUGUGUACGUGAAGCUUCUAGUGGCGCAGAGACUGCCUCGUGAACAGCGCCACCUGCAUGCCUGGAGGGCUAAUGCACCCUGCCUCUGCCAAUACAUUGAAAAGCUGCUGCUGCGCUAGACCAGGACACAUGAUGAACCUGUGGGUUCAAAAGACGCUGCCGCUGCAGGACUGUAGAUAUAUUAGUAUAGAGACACAGAGACAAUCGUGAGGGGAGCAAAUGCCCCCCCAGUCAUCCUGAAUUUAUGUGUUUAAACUGAUUAUUAUUUGCUUGUGUUGGAAGACACGAUUUGAUGCUGUAUGUUAUCUUUUGUACUGAAAAUAAAGAAAACAAAAAGACCAAGAGCAAAACAA